CGGUUCAAUUUAAAUAUUUGUCGGGAAAAUUCGCGCAAAGUGACAAAACUCGGGAUUAGAUAAUUUCGGUAGAACACCUGGUACCUCAAUAAACGUUUAAAAUGUAUCAUGGUGAGGAUCGGAAAAAGAGAACUAAUCCGAAAGAAAAAGCCAAUUUAAUUUCAUUAAUCACUUUUUUCUUCACGCACGAUUUGCUCAAAAAGGGACACAAAAAUGAUUUCGUUGAAGAAGACGUCUAUGAGGUCUUGCAUAAAUUUAAAUCAUCAAAAUUGGGAGAUGAGUUAGAAGAAGAGUGGGUGAAGGAACAGAAAAGGGCGAAUCCGUCAGUGUAUCGACUCUUGUGGGCUUGCUACGGCAAAUAUUACCUUUUUCUGGGAUUCAUCCAAUUGACGAUGAAGAUUUGCGUUUUAGCGAUUCAACCAAACGCCUUGGGAAAAUUCGUCUCGUAUUUCACUUCGUCCACCAAACUUACCAGAUUAGAUGCCAUUUACUACGCUUGUGUUUUGAUUGGGAUAAACAUCAUCAACACCACUUACGGCCACAAUUACAUGUUUCACAUCAUGGAGUUGGGGGUCCGGAUCAAGACGGCGUUCUGUUCCCUCCUCUAUCGCAAGUCUUUAAAACUGAAAACUUCGUCAUUGUCUGCGAGCAGUGUCGGAAAAAUUGUGACACUUGUAACAAAAGAUGUGACGAAUUUCGAAUCUGCCAUAAUUUUUAUGAACGACAUGUGGAUCAGUUUGAUACUUCUUGUGUUGACAUCGUGGAUGAUGUAUAAGAAAAUCGGGGUGGCAGCUUUGGCCGGAGUACUCUUUCUGGUGUUGAUAAUACCCAUGCAAGUUCUGUUUGGGAAACUGACCAUGAGUCUGAGACUCAAAGCGAGUAAAGUGACCGAUGAAAGAAUCCAACUCACUCAGGAAAUCCUCUCCGCCAUUAAAACUAUCAAAAUGUACACAUGGGAGAGUUUUCUCGGGGAGAAAAUCUCCAAAGCCCGCGAGAAGGAAGUAACAAAAAUCAAGCAAAUUUUUUUCUCCAAAGCCACGUCACUAGUAAUCGGUGGUUUGGUCAUCAGUGUCACUUUCUACAUCAUUGUGAUAACCUACAUCCAAAUGGGGAACUACUUCACUGCUGAAGUGGCCGUGUAUUUGAACGGUUGUUUGCACAUUUUGCGCUCUUCAGUCACCAUUUCAAUCCCAAUAGGAAUCGCACAAACGGCCGAAUUGGUAGCUUCUGUGAACCGAAUUCGCAAAUUUCUAACCGCUGAAGAGCAACCAAAAACCAGGAACGAGUCAAACGUGUCGAAACCCAUAAUCGAACUAAAACAAGUUGCAGUGGAAAUUAACCAAAACCCAAUUUUGCACAAUGUAAACUUGACGUUCAAAUCCGGCUUGAAUUUCAUUACUGGGAAACUCGGGGGUGGUAAAAGCUCGCUCCUGAAAACCAUCCUUCAGGAUUAUCCCGUUUGCGACGGGAGUUUGACCAUUCAAGGCACGGUUUCUUAUGCUUCAGAGGAACCCUGGUUGUUCCCUUCUUCCAUCCGCCAAAACAUCUUAUUUGGGCAAAAAUUCAACCAGGAUCGGUACAAAACAGUCCUUGAGGUUUGUGCCCUGGAACAAGACAUUGACACUUUCGAAAAAGGGGACAGUACCAUUGUCGACGAUCGCGGAAUGAAUCUGAGUAAAGGCCAACAAGCGAGGAUUAGUUUAGCUAGAGCUGUGUAUUGCGACAGUGAUAUUUACUUACUAGACGAUUGUUUGUCUGCUUUGGAUACUCAAGUUCAAGAGUAUGUCUUCAGAGAGUGCGUCAAGACUUUCCUUAAGGAUAAAAUCGUCGUCAUGAUUUCGCACAAUGAACGACAAAUCAAAGAAGGUGAUUGUGUGGUCAUUAUGGAGAACGGGACUGUGAAAUCGUGUUUGAAACCGUCAGAAAUCCGCGAUGAAGAAAUCGAAGAACUGGUCCGCAAUGACGACAAAGUUGUCGAAGACGACAUCAUUGAUAACAUCGUGAUGGAAAUUGAUGAAUCACGCGAAGACACUAAAUUACUUGACAAACCCAAACCCAACAUCUACAGCGAGAAAAAGAAAGACGGAAAAGUCGAUCUUGGUGUUUAUAGAAAGUACUUUACUCAUGGUGGCUCAUUACUCGUCUUGAUUCUCAUAAUUCUCCUAUUUAUUUUAGCGCAAAGUGCCAGUAUUUUUUCAGAAAACUGUAUUAAAAAUUGGAUUAAUUUACAACAAAACAUUUCCGACUACAAAUUCAACGUGACUAAUAUUUCCGAGACUGAUUAUCACAUUUUAAUCAGGAAAAAUACCAAAGUUAUAAACUUGUACACCGCUGCUAUUAUCACAUCGACAAUACUGUUACUUUUAAGGGCAUUUGCUCUUUUUGCUUUUGCGACUCGAGCUUCAGUUGCCCUUCACAAAUCAAUGAUUGUGUCGGUUGUCAAUGCCACGAUGAAAUUUUUCGAUUUGCACUACAUAGGGAACAUUUUGAACCGAUUUUCCAAAGAUCUCGCCUUGAUUGAUGAAAUUUUACCUCACACUCUCUACGAAUGCUUUCGGAUGAUUUGCUUCAUCAGUGGUGUCUUAAUUUUGAUUCUAAUAGUCAGAGCUUUGUUUAUCAUUCCGAUUUGUAUCAUGGCUGUUUUACUCUAUAUCUUAAGGAAAUAUUAUUUGCCGACUGGGAGAAGCCUCAAAAGACUGGAAUCUGCAACACGUAGUCCAUUCAUUGGCCACCUGAAUGCCUCUUUGGAAGGCCUCACUAUAAUCAGAGCGUACCGCACUGAAGAAAUUCUUCGAGAAGAGUUCGACAAACACCAGGAUCUUUACACUUCAACGUUCUAUAUGAUGCAGUGUGCAUCACGGGCGUUUGCUUAUUUCGCAGAUUUGGUUUGUAGUCUGUUCAUGGCGAUAAUAAUAACUUGGCUUUUGAUAACAAGAUCAGAUUCACUCCCCGGGAACGUCACUUUGGCUAUAACUCAAGCCCUUGGCUUAACUGGUCUCCUCCAAUGGGCGAUACGACAAUGGGCGGAACUGGAGAACUACAUGACUUCAGUGGAGAGAGUCCUCGAGUACGCAUAUGUCGAAACAGAAAAUCGUGCUGGUCUGGUGCUCCAAGACUGGCCAACAGGUGGCAAAAUUACCUACAAAGGAGUCAAUUUGACUUAUGGCAAAACGAAAGAAUUUGUCUUGAAAGACAUUAAUUUUGUGAUAAAUUCGCGCGAGAAAAUCGGAAUUGUUGGCCGCACCGGUGCUGGGAAAAGCUCUUUGAUUUCGACCCUAUUUCGCUUGUAUCAAUGUGAAGGAACUAUUGCUAUUGACGAUGUUGAUGUUAAAACCCUCUCUUUGGAUUUUCUCAGAUCGAAUAUUGCUAUUAUUCCCCAAGAUCCCGUUUUGUUUAGUGGAACAAUUCGCAGCAAUAUUGACCCAAUUGGGCUCUACACUGAUGAGGAAAUUUGGAAAGCUAUCAAGACCGCGAAUUUGAAGAAUUUGUUUCCUAGUUUGGAUUAUCAGAUCACUGAAAGUGGGUCAAAUUAUAGCUCCGGUCAAAGACAACUGAUUUGCUUGGCACGGGCUAUUAUCAGCAAGUGCAAAAUUAUCAUUUUGGAUGAAGCUACAGCGAAUGUUGAUCCGGAGACGGAUGUUGUGAUCUACUCGACUAUUCAAGAGAGUUUCGCUUCUUGCACUGUUUUGACCAUUGCGCAUAGACUGCAUACUGUCAUGUAUUCGGACAGGGUGAUGGUUGUGGAUAAGGGAAGAAUCGUAGAAUUUGAUAAUCCCAGUGUUUUGCUUAAUAAUCAAAACGGAUUUUUCUACAAGAUGAUUCGGCAAGCUAACUUGUUGAAGUAGCUGUUAAAUUUGAGGUUUUUUCAUACCUAAGUGUGAUUUAUGAGCAGUUUUGUACUUAUCAAUAAUAAAUAAUUUGA